GCUAAAGUAGGUGAUGAGGGCCUUACCUUAUUAAAUGCCAUUUUCUUGCCCUCCAUUUCUAUUCAAAAUUCAAACUCACCACCCUUACUUUCCACUACUUCCUUCUUAUUCUAGUUUUUCUCUUCAAUUCUUUUCCUCAAGAAGGAAAGAGAUAUUGCAGUUUGGUGCUCCAAUGGAGGUGAAAAAAAGAGAGAUGUAGAAAGGAUUCAAACAAACCAAGCGGAAUAGUUCAAAAACAAGAAGAAGGAAAAUAAAAUAAAAUGAGCACAGCUAGAUUCAUCAAAUGCGUCACCGUUGGCGAUGGAGCGGUCGGAAAGACUUGCAUGCUCAUCUCCUACACCAGCAAUACCUUCCCCACUGACUAUGUUCCUACGGUGUUCGACAACUUUAGUGCUAAUGUCGUAGUUGAUGGCAGCACUGUUAAUCUUGGAUUAUGGGAUACUGCAGGACAGGAGGACUACAACAGGCUGAGGCCUUUGAGUUACAGGGGUGCAGAUGUGUUUUUGCUGGCAUUCUCUCUCAUCAGCAAAGCUAGCUACGAAAACAUUUCCAAAAAGUGGAUCCCUGAAUUGAGGCAUUAUGCUCUAACCGUCCCAAUUGUGCUUGUUGGAACAAAACUUGAUUUGAGGGAUGACAAGCAGUAUCUUAUGGAUCAUCCGGGUGCCACACCAAUCACAACUGCACAGGGUGAAGAUCUGAAGAAGGCCAUAGGUGCUGCUGUUUACAUGGAGUGCAGCUCCAAGACUCAGCAGAAUGUGAAGGCCGUGUUUGAUGCUGCUAUCAAGGUCGUUUUGCAGCCUCCGAAACCGAAGAAAAGGCGAAAGAAGGCCAGACCAUGCGCAUUUCUCUGAAUCAACUUUCAUCCUUAUUGUAACAGCCAUAAUCCCUUGGAGAUUUUUCUUUCUUUCUUUCUUUUUUCCCUCUUUGUGGAAGACCCUUUUCUUUUCAUUUGAGUUUUAAUGUUUCCCCUUCUUGUAAUCUUGUCGUGGUUUUAUGCUUCUCAUGGAAUACUUGAAGGCAAAUUGUGUUGUAAGUUUACAUAUUGUAAUCUUGGUCAUAUACAAACCAAAUAAGCAGGACUGUUUAGGUCUUAGCGCUAUACCUGUUUUCUAUUAAGACGGCUAGAGCUUUUAAUGGAAAUGGCAAUGAAGCUACGUUUUC